AUCCACUAGGAAAUAUCCAAUUCCACUCACAGUGACGUGCUUAAUUUCAGAUUAGACCACUGAUAGAUAGUCACGGAGUAAUUAGUGACACCCGGAAUCAUGGCUCAAGUGCGUCCACUCUCACCAGAGCUCUCACUUCAGGCUCAAGAGGAGCUGGGCGAGAUUUCAGGGAAGAUCGAGAGCGAUCUCCUUGCCCUGAAGGAGUGGAUCGGGAAGCAGGCUCAUCUCACAGCAAGGACAAAUGAUCAGUUCUUGAUAGCCUUCCUGAGAGGCUGCAAGUACAGCCUGGCGAAGGCUAAAGAGAAGAUCGACAUGUACUACACAAUCCGCACUGCCAUUCCUGAGUUCUUCGUCGAUCGCGAUCCUCAGAACAAGAAGCUACUCGAGAUCCUGCGCAUGGGUCUCUCAUUGCCACUCCCAAUUCCCGUUCCCGAGAACGGAUCGCGGAUCCUGCUGGUGAAGCAGGGCGCCUACGAUCCCUCGAAGGUUUCCGUGGUGGACGUCCUGAAAGUCAGCUACAUGAUCACCGACAUGAUGAUCUGGGAGGACGACAAUUGCACUGUGGCGGGUCAGACGAUCCUCGUGGACCUCCAGGGACUCUCGUUCGGUCACUUAACACAAGUAACGCCGACUCUCUUGAAAAAAAUGACAUCCAGCAUUCAGGAAGCGUAUCCAAUUCGUCAAAAGGGCAUGCACUUCAUCAAUCCAAUGCCUGGCUUCGAGUCUCUCUUCAAAAUCUUCCAUGGCUUCCUCAGUGAAAAGAUCAAGAAGCGCACUUUCGUCCACGGUUCUCUGGAGGAUCUUCACAAGCACAUCCCCAAAAACCUUUUGCCAGCCGAAUAUGGCGGCGAAGCUGGACCGGUUCAGAACAUUAUCGAUGACUGGACAAAGCAGCUCCUGGCUCGCAGAGAUUGGUUCCUGGAGGACGUGAGAUUCAAGAGCGAUGAGAAGCGACGCGUGGGAAAGGCAAAGAAUGCUGAUAUUCUCAUGCAAGGCUCAUUCAGAACACUUGAUUUCGACUGACAGUUGCAUCAAAGAGCCGCUCCUUGAUGGUGUCAUCAA